GUAUUAGUCGAGACUCCCGUCACAAGCGUUCGCAUACAGGUGCCAAGCGAGCUCAAUAUCGUAAAAAAAGAAAAUUUGAGCUGGGCAGACAAUCUGGUAAUACUAAACUUGGACCUAAGCGUAUUCAUGAAGUCCGCGUUCGUGGCGGGAACCUAAAGUUCCGUGCCAUUCGUCUUGACCAGGGUAAUUUUUCUUGGGGAUCAGAAGCUAUUACCAGAAAAUCAAGAAUCAUCGCCGUUGUUUACAACGCCUCGAAUAAUGAGUUGGUUCGAACGAACACCCUGGUGAAAGGCGCGGUUAUUCAAAUUGAUGCCACCCCCUUUAGGCAAUGGUUUGAAGCGCAUUAUGUUCAGCCUCUUGGUCGUAAGAAGGUGAAAAAAGAAGGCACAGCUGAAUCAGAGGAACUAAGCAAAAAACGAUCAAACCAUCUUCAAAGGAAAAUUGAUGCACGUAAAGAAGCAGCAAAAGUUGAUCCUUUAUUAGAUGAUCAGUUUACUACUGGUCGUUUGUUUGCUAUCUUGUCUUCUCGUCCUGGACAAAGCGGUCGUGCUGAUGGAUAUAUUCUUGAAGGAAAGGAACUCGAAUUUUAUUUGAAAAAAAUUAAAUCGAAGAAAUAA